AGUACGCGUCGUCGUCAUUCUUUCAGUGCGUGUAGGUCUUCUUUUGCGGUAAGCUCCGCCCGAGUCAAGAUGUCGAUGGCAAAGAUCAUCAAAAGUGGUGGUGCUGAGCCCAGUACCUUCGAGUCAAGCAUUGCUCAAGCUCUGCUUGAACUUGAAACCAACAGUGAUCUUAAGUCUAACCUGAGAGAGCUGUACAUAACUAAAGCACGUGAGAUUGAAACCAACAACAAAAAGUCAAUCAUUAUCUAUGUGCCCAUGCCUAAGCUGAAAGCUUUCCAAAAGGUCCAAACAAGAUUAGUUCGUGAAUUGGAAAAGAAAUUUUCUGGAAAGCACGUUAUGUUUGUUGGUGAGAGGAAAAUCUUGCCUAAGCCCACAAGAAAAACCAGAACCAAGAACAAGCAAAAGAGACCAAGAAGCCGCACCCUUACUUCAGUAUACGAUGCGUUACUGGAAGAUCUCGUUUACCCAGUCGAAAUUGUAGGUAAAAGGAUCAGGGUGAAACUUGAUGGCUCACAGCUCAUCAAGGUUCACUUGGACAAAAAUGAGCAGACCAACAUCGAACACAAGGUUGACACGUUUGCCAGUGUAUACAAAAAGUUGACUGGUCGUGAUGUCACUUUUGAGUUCCCAGAAUCCUAUGUAUAAGUUCGUUUGAAUAAAAAACAUUAAUCUUUUA